GGGCUGCAAAGUUACCUUCGUCGUUGCUUCUACGUUCGCCACAGUACUUUUAAAACCAAAUCUCUCUCUCUCCCUUUUUUUUCUUUUUCUGUCUUUGUUAGAUUUACUUUCACUUUGGCGCCUCACAGCAGAAGUGUUUAGCAGCAGGGGAAGUGAAAGUGGAUGUAUUUCACAACAACACAACAGUCUCAUAGUGGAACAUUCUUGCGCAGCUUGGUUUCAGUGGGUCUCUGUUGCUGCUUUCGACGCCUCCCUGCUUCAUUUCGCGGACAACCAGAAUAAUGUCCAUUUCUCCCACUGGUCUUCCAUCCGAGAGUGCACCAUGCUGUGAUUCCCCAGUUAACCCACAAUUUGAAAACUGUAUCAUGCCUCGCUGGAGUAAAGUCUCUAUCAUAUGUGGUGUCCAGACAGAACCAACAGCAGCCAACAGGUUAUAGUGUGUUGUCUCUCCUCAUUCUGCUGGUUUACACUCUGCUAUGGCUUUGACUGAGGAGGAAGAGGAGGGAGGUCCUCCCUGUGAAGCCACUCUGCCUGGGAAACAUGACAGCCAGACCAAACCUAAGAGCCCAGUCCAUCAGGAGAGCCCAAACUCCCCUGCGCCCGGCUGUGAACCCAUGAAGGCAGACCAGUGUAUGGAAAUAGCUCUUACAUCCAAAGAUACUGAACAGAGCAGGACCCAUCAGGAGAGACCAGGCUCUAGUCUGCAGCCCUCCCCGGCUCUGAAGAGGGGGCGGAGCAGCAACCGGGACGACUCGAAAGAGGGGGGGCCAAGUACAAUUUGGAGAAAAGUGGGGAAGGGUGAAAAAAGAGAACAGGAGAGACCAGACUCCCCUGUACCCAGCUGUGUGUCCAUGAAGAGUGACAGGUCUAUGGGUCUACCUUGUACAUUCAGAGAUGGACACCCCUCUACUGAACAGAGCAAGAUCCAUCAGUGGAGACCAGACUCUAGUCGGCAGCCCUCCCCGGCUGGGAAGAGGGGGCGGAAGAGCAAUUGGGGCGAUUUGGAAGAGGGGGGGCCAAGUCCAAUUUGGAGAAAAAGGGGGGAAAAUGAAAAAAAAGAAAAGGAGAGACCAGACCCCCCUGUACCCAGCUGUGUGUCCAUGAAGAGUGACCAGUCUAUAGAACGAAUGAUUGGUUUCAAAGAUGGACCCCACUCUACUGAACAGAGAGACCACCAGGAGAGGUCAGAGGUUCUCAGUGGUCAGUCUGUCCAGGAGCAUCAAACAGACCUGGACUCCAUAUUUAUGCUGCUUGAGGAGAACCUUGUCACUUUUGUGAAGAAGGAGCUGAAGAGGUUCCAGAAGGUUCUGAGUUCAGAUUACCCAGAGUGCUUAGAGAGACAGAGGGUGGAAGAGGAAGAGGAGCAGAGGAGGAGCACCAGGGAGGCACUUCUGAAGAUCACACUGCACUUCCUGAGGAGUAUGAAGCAGGAGGAGCUGGCUGCCUCUCUGGAGAGCAAAAACCUUGUUCCCAUGUGCCGGAGUAACCUCAAAGCAGCUCUGAAGGAGAAGUUUCAGUGUUUGUUUGAGGGCAUCGCUAAACCAGGAGAGUCAACACUUCUGAAUCAGAUCUACACAGAGCUCUACAUCACAAAGGGAGGCAGUGGAGAGGCCAAUAAUGAACACGAGGUCAGGCAGAUUGAAACAGCAUCCAGGAAACCAGCGAGACCAGAAACACUGAUCACAUGUGAGGACAUCUUUAAACCCUUACCUGGACAAGAUAAACCAAUCAGAACAUUGAUGACAAAGGGAGUGGCUGGCAUCGGGAAAACAGUCUUAACACAGAAGUUCACUCUGGACUGGGCUGAAGACAAAACCAACCACAAUAUACACUUCACAUUUCCAUUCACGUUCAGAGAGCUGAACGUGCUGAAAGAUAAAAAGUUCAGCUUGGUGGGACUUCUUCAUCACUUCUUUAUCGAAACCAAGAAAGCAGGAAUCUGCAGCUUUGACGAGUUCCAAGUUGUGUUCAUCUUUGACGGUCUGGAUGAGUGUCGACUUCCUCUGGACUUCCAGAACAAUGAGAUCUGGACUGAUGUCACAAAGUCCACCUCAGUGGACGUGCUGCUGACAAACCUCAUCAAGCGGAAACUGCUUCCAUCUGCUCGCCUCUGGAUAACCACACGGCCUGCAGCAGCCAAUCAGAUCCCCCCUGAAUGGGUUGACAUGGUGACAGAGGUGAGAGGGUUCACUGAUCCACAGAAGGAGGAGUACUUCAGGAAGAGAUUCAGAGAUGAGGAGCAAGCCAGAAGAAUCAUCUCACACAUCAAGACGUCACGAAGCCUCCACAUCAUGUGUCACAUCCCAGUCUUCUGUUGGAUCACUGCUACAGUUCUGGAUCACGUGUUGGGAACAGAUGAGAGAGGAGAGAUGCCCAAGACCCUGACUGAGAUGUACAUCCACUUCCUGGUGGUUCAGUCCAUCCAGGGGAAUGUGAAGUAUCAUGGGAGAUCUGAGACAGAGCCACACUGGAAUACAGAGAGCAGGAAGAUGAUUGAGUGUCUGGGGAAACUGGCCUUUGAACAGCUGGAGAAAGGCAACCUGAUCUUCUAUGAAGCAGACCUGACAGAGUGUGGCAUUGAUAUCAAAGCAGCCUCAGUGUACUCAGGAGUGUUCACACAGUUCUUUAAAGAGGAGUGUGGGCUCUACCAGGACAAGGUCUUCUGCUUUGUCCAUCUGAGCAUUCAGGAGUUUCUGGCUGCUCUUUAUGUCUUUCUCUCAUUCAUCAAAACUAAAGCCAAUCUGCUGUCAGAAACACAGUCAACCUCAUGCAGGUCUAAACCACUUGGAGAUAAACGUAAAAAACCAGACCUUUACCAGACAGCAGUGGACAAGGCCUUAGAGAGUCCAAACGGACAUCUGGACUUGUUCCUGCGCUUCCUUCUGGGCCUGUCACUGGAAUCCAAUCAGAAUCUCCUACGAGGCCUGCUGGGAAAGACAGGAAGUAUGUCAAAGGCCCAUCAGAAAACAGUCCUGUACAUCCAGGACAAGAUCAGUGACGAUUUCUCUCCAGAGAGAAGCAUCAAUCUGUUCCACUGUCUGAAUGAACUGAAUGACCAUUCUCUAGUGGAGGAGAUCCAACGGUACCUGACAUCAGGAAGACUCCCCAAACACCGACUCUCUCCUGCUCAGUGGUCAGCUCUGGUCUUCAUCUUAUUGUCUUCAGAAAAGGAGCUGGAGGUGUUUGACCUGAAGAAAUACUCUGCUUCAGAGGAGGGUCUUCUGAGGCUGCUGCCAGUGGUCAAAGCCUCCAGUACAGCUCUGUUGAGUUCCUGUAAUCUGUCAGAGAGGAGCUGUGAAGUUGUGUCCUCAGUCCUCAGCUCCUCCUCCUCUAGUGUGAGAGAGCUGGACCUGAGUAACAAUGAUCUGCAGGAUUCAGGAGUCAAGCUGCUCUCUGCUGGACUGGGGAGUCCACAAUGUAGACUGGAAACUCUCAGGUUGUCGGGCUGUCAGGUCUCAGAGGAAGGUGUUUCUUCUCUGCUCUCAGCUCUGAGCUCCAACCCGUCCCAUCUGAGAGAGCUGGACCUGAGCUACAACCAGCCAGGAGACUCAGGAGGGAAGCUGCUCUCUGCUGGACUGGAGGAUCCACACUGGAGACUGGACUCUCUCAGGCUGGACCAUGCUGGAGGGUGCAGGUUGGAGCCGGGUCUGAGGAAGUAUGCCUGUGAACUCACACUGGACCCAAACACAGCACACAGACGCCUCCUUCUGUCUGAGGACAACAGAAAGGUGACAUGGGUGAUGGAGGAGCAGUCGUAUCCUGAUCAUCCAGACAGAUUUGACUGCUGGACACAGGUUCUAUGUAGAGGGAGUCUGACUGACCGCUGUUACACGGAGGUACAGUGGGAAGGACUUGUUCAUAUAGGAGUGACUUACAGAGGAAUCACAAGGAGAGGAAGAGGUAAAGACUUUCCUCUUGGAUAUAAUGAAAAGUCCUGGGCUCUGUACUGUGAUAGUGGUAGAUACGCUGCCUAUCAUAAUUAUAGAGAAACAAAGAUAAGUAUCUCCCCCUCCUCUGACAGAGUAGGAGUGUAUCUUAACCGGUCUGCUGGAACUCUGUCCUUCUACAGUGUCUCCUCUGACACACUGACACACCUCCACACCUUCACCUCCACAUUCACUAAACCUCUCCAGGUUGGGUUUUGGGUGGUGUCACAUGGCUCCUCAGUGCGUGUGUGUGUGUGUUAGAUAGAGGAGGUAGAGACGCCUCCUGUGUCCUGGAGGAACACUCACACUCCUGCCCAAACACACCUGCUGACAUGAUACUCUGUACACACACACACACACACACACACACACACACACACACACACAGGUGUAGUUGGAUCAGAUCUGUUUGUGUUAUGUGGAAUAUUAAAUCAAUGAGUUUUUUUAAGCAGGUAGAACCAAGUUAUUAAAGUUAUACAAGUCACUUUUAAUCCUGCAGCUUUUACAUUAUUCUUACAAUAGAAUACGUAAAGUAGAAUAGAAUAGAAUCAUGUUGUU